AAAAGUAGUUGUCAAAUAUGUAACAGGCUGUUGCAACUUAAAAAAAAGGACCAGAAAAACUAAUUACUGCUUACAUUUAUCGAACAACUUGGUGCAAGCUCUCAAAAUAGCGACCGUUCAGGCUGCCAUCUUGGUCACGCCCCCUCUUGGCGGAACCUUGUUUCGACAUACUUCAGACAGGAAGUAGACGCAUUUUCGCACAUGCGCAGUACCAACCGUGUUUCCGGUACGGAUCGAGUGGUGACAGGAUGUCCAAAUAGGCUCUAUGCAGCGGGGAUUGUGACGUGUUUCCGACUACACUCUCUACUGGGCAAACAGUUUCCGGUUCCGUAUUAGAUCUGACGCGCAAAAGUUAACAACGACAAACAUUCUAGUUAUUCUUAUCUUGGCAGCUGAACUAUGGAGAAAAGGGUUUUCCGAUAUCAAAAGCUAAUGAGACCUAGUUCGGAACAUUGUUGUGUGCCGUCGUGCGCUGUGUCGGCAAGAUACAACUAGACUGUGAGUUUUCAUUCAUUUCCCGUGGAAGAGGAUCUCAGAAAAAAAUGGAUCGUUAAGAUCAGGAGGGAUGACUUCCAAGUCAACAAAAACACAAAGGUGUGUAGCAUUCAUUUCAAACCUGAUGACUUUAUGGAAGGGACUAGACUGAGACGUCUGAAAAAAGGUGCUUUCCCUACACUGUUUGAGUGGAACCGUUACCAAGUGCAGCCGCCGAGGUCGAGUGUUUGGGAACGGCGAGAGAGACCGCUGCCUCCGAUCCUGACUCAGACUUAGAGCAAGAUAUGGACUUUGACGUGGAGAGGACUGGACACGAUUAUUGUUCAGUUCCCGAAGCUGCAGCUGUGGACAUGGUAUUACAUGAAAAUGAGGAGUUGACGAGGGAGAUAGAAGAUCUACGGAAGCAGUUGGACCAGACCAAGAUCAUACUUCGCUUUGGUCUCCAGAGAUUUGCUGGGUCCGAUGAGGACAUACGCUUUUAUACAAGAUUUGCAACCUAUAACCACCUGAUGGCCUUCUGGGAACUGAUUGAACCGGCAAUGCACAGAAUGAUUCGUGUCACCAACUCCAAAGUCACCAAGGAGGCUGGAAACACUCGGGCACUUCCUGCAAUAGACGAGAUCUUCCUGUUCAUGAUGCAUCUUGCUUUGGGCCUCAAGCAAAAGGACCUUGGUCAUCGCUUCCAUGUACAUCAGGCCACUGUGAGCCGCAUCAUAACAACCUGGUCCAACUUCCUGUACUUUGUCCUGGGGUCAGUGUGCAUUUGGAUGCCGAAAGAGAGAGUACGAGCCCAUCUGCCAGAGGAAUUUCAUCUUUUCCGAGACACACAGGUUAUCCUGGAUUGUACUGAGAUCCGCUGCCAAACACCUUCCUCAUUGCUAUUACAAAGUGAGGUUUUUUCAAACUAUAAGUCUCACUGCACAUUCAAGGCUUUAAUAGGAAUGGCACCUCAUGGUGCAAUAACAUUUGUGUCUGGACUCUAUGCAGGGUCUAUAAGUGACAGGGAGUUGUUCAAACAGUCAGGGAUCAUUAACCUUCUUACUCCUGAAAUGGCCAUCAUGGUGGAUAAGGGCUUCUUAAUUGACAGCCUAGUGCCAUGCAAAGUUCACCGGCCUGUUUUCCUGACCAAGGGAAAACAAAUGCUACCUCAUGAAGUGACACACACUCAGUCUGUGGCCAGGCUCAGGGUACAUGUUGAACGUCUUAUCCAUCGAGUGAAGGAGCAUAAGUUGUUUGACACAGUCAUCCCCUUGUCCAUUUCUGGUAGCAUAAACCAACUGUUUACAGUGGCAUGUUUGCUUGUGGACUACCAAUGUGGACCACUUGUCAAGGCAUGGAGCCACUGAGUCUAAAAACCCUCAUCCUUGUUAAUGUGCUAAGGUAAAUGUAAAUAUUGUACAUAUACUUUUGUAAAAACUAUGGAUUUCACACUCUGUUCAUAACUCUGAUCAA